GUCCACGGUAGACACUCUGCAAAGAAAUGGAGCGGCGCUAGUGGUGAUCACCAACGAGCAUGGCAGCAGCGACUUUGCUCGAGGCGAUUCGAAUCGCGGACAAGGUUGGCACAAGAUCCACGAACACAAACUCGAGCAAGGUCUGUAGAAACCCAUGUAGGAUCCUCAUCGCGGCGGUCGGCUAUGUCCGAGACUACCUCAAGCAAAUCCAAGAUCUCAACUUCACGAGCAACGGGCCAGCCUUCGUGUGGGACGAAACCGUGGCUGUCCUUCACAGAGGCCUCCAUCUCCUCAAGUCAUGCCAAGAUGGCGAUUGGAUCGCCCGGAGCCUGCUGUUCGAGGAAAGCUGCGAUGAGUUCCAGAGCAUUUACCACGAGAUCUACAACUGCGUCGAGCUCGUCAGCGUCUAUCUCUUUCAGCUGGCACCGUCCACCUCGCACAGAUCCAGGAUUGCCGAGGCUUACAACUCGUGCCUCAUGAGGCAGAACUCGAGCAGCAUGCUGGAAGAAGCCGGAAGGAACGAUCGGAAGGAGCUCAUGGCUCUCGCAAUGAACCAAGAGCCGGGAAGCCUGACGACCGAGACAGAACGAGCCAAAGAGAUACUCUGCUCCAUGCUCCUGGGAAACAAGUCAGUGAUCAACCACAAGGAAUUGAAGCUGAGAACACACCUGGGACAAGGAGCUUACGGAACCGUGUACGAAGCAAUCUGGCUCGGUCACAAGUUCGCGGUGAAAGUCUUCGCUCAAGGUGACACCAGCUUCGCCAAAGAGCUCGCGGUUCUCGGAGCUCACAAGCAUCCCAACGUGUUGCACAUUGCUGGCCAUUCUUUCGAUGGAGAGAAGCAGCGGUACUCGCUGGUGAUGGAGAAGAUGGACAUGGACCUGGCAAACUACCUCCUCAAGAAGAACUCCCUCUCGUUGCUGUCGAUCGUGGCAGUGAUGGCUACUGGCAUGGCUUGGCUUCACUCGAAGAACGUAAUCCACCGGGACCUCAAGCCGCAGAACAUCUUGGUUGGCGAAGAAGACAACGAUCUCGUGAGUAUCAGGAUUGCCGACUUUGGAGUCUCGAGGCCCGAUUUCAUCUCCUCCCUCAUCAGCGAAGCCACCCCCAAGCAAGGCACCAGAAACUUCAUGGCACCAGAAGUGUGGACCAGCGAGCGCUACACGAAGAAGGCCGACGUUUACAGCUACGGGAUGCUGAGCUACCAGCUUGUCACUGGAAACAUUCCGUUCAAGGUCGGGAUGGACAUGGAGCAAGUCCUUCGAGGCGAGCGUCCUGAGAUACCAGCCACCUGUCCAGAGUUCCUGUCGCAGCUCAUGCGGGAAUGCUGGAACCACGAUGCAAAAGAGAGGCCUUCCUUCUCCGAUAUCUGCAAGCGGCUGAAGCAGCUCAAGUCCAGGAUCAUCACUGGCACCGACUCCAUCGACGAGUUACGAGCCAAGUUGGUUGAAGCAGCCAGGUCAUCUUCCUCUUCUUCGUACUCGUCGUCUUCCUCGUCCUCGUCGCACAGCAGGACUCGAGUGAACCUGGAUUCUCUUGUCCAAGCGACUGAGAAGCUUUGGACCCAAAAUCGCCCGCCUUCUCGUGUCCAGCCGGUACCACACCGUCCUCACCAAGUCGCACCAUUACCAAAACCAGAUAAAAGGACCGAGCUCUUCGAACUGGUAAAGAACGGCCUCAUCAUAAACGCCUUCGAGAAAGCUCUGUCCCUGAACGAUCCUUCCACAGUCUGGUGGCUUUGCACCAAGGUAGAGCAUACCGUGCUGCUUGUCUUCAGUGAAUCGAUGCUCAUGGCACUGGCCGAGAAAAUCAACACCAACUUCACGGAAGACACUGCUCGCAGGCUGGUCUGGAUCGACGAGAUUGGCGACUUGCUGUUAAAAGACCGCAAUGGAUGGGCAUCACCUCGGAAGAUGAGGAUCCUGGAGCAGCUUUCACAGAACCUCCACGGUAUGAUGGCCAUAACACCACCAAAGAGUGAGCUGCGCAUGACCUUGACGAACAUGCUGGAAGGCACCAACAUGUGGCUGCAGCGUGUCCGGGUUGCAGUGGAAAACAAAGUUCGAUACAUGAGCAUCGUUGGCGGAUAUUUUCCAGCGGAACACCGGUAGUUUCUGGAUGUUGAUGUCCUGGCAUAAAACAUGCUUCACCUUACCCUGGCCAGCAAAACUUACGAGGAAAAGAAUGAGCUCAACAGCCGUGACCUUUGGCAAGCUGAAGAUCUUGCUCCCCAACUGAAAUCGCUUGCUCGCUCGCCUAAACCCUAAUUUCGCUCAGUUAAUGAUCGAUUCCAGCCUGGAUUUGAAUUGAAAGGGUUGCGGCACUGCUUGCUGCCGCUGGAGACGAUCUGAUGUCCCUGUUGCUACAAGGGAAGGCUUCCUUGGGCUGGAGAUUUGCUGAUGCUGCCAAGAGGCCUCUCUUCUUGUUGGGCACUAGGCGUGGAAUUGCUGUGCGAAAGGGCCUUGAGGCUGAUGGAGAGAUCACAUUCGAGUGGGGCAGAUGGAGCUGGUUCCUGAUGGGUCCUGAUACAAGCUGGGGUGUGUGCAAGCUUGGAUACCAUGCUGCUGCUGCUGUUCAACACCACAAGAUGCUGAUUUCAUGAGCUCGGCUUUUCUGGCUGAGUGGGGAGUGAGAUAGGGUUCCCAGUGGUAGUUUUUUUUUUUUUUAGCCUUUGCAUACUGAUCUCGGAGCAAUAGAGUUUUUUUCUUUUCUUCCUUAGUUUUCAACAUGGACAACACAAGUAGCCUGUGGAUUAAUGAGGUACAAUAGAAGAGGAUCUAGCCCAGCUUGAUUAGGAAUUUCCACUGUUGGAGCUUACAUGAUCUCUUUUUGUUGAAGACAUGAAAUGCUGAAUUAAGCCAUACUGACAGUAUGUAUAGAAUCUGGCCACCUGCAACAUAUGUCAAUAAGCCA